AUGCGGGCUAGCACAAGCAUCCUGUUGGCACUGGCAUCGCUCGGGGCAGCCCGGCUGCUGCCCGCUCGCGUGCCUCUGCGCCGGGCGCUGCCGCUGUGCGCUGCUGGCGGACCGCAAAUGGACGGAGCUCCCGGCGCGGCGAUGCAGGCGAGCAUUGCCGAGGUGGCGGUGGAGGCACCGAUGGUCGACGGCGGCCGCGUCGAGGACCACAUCCCUUUGCCGGGCUGGCUGCAGACGCUUAGCGAAGCGCAGGAGGCCGGACUUGGCUCCGCAGCGCUCCUGCUGGCGACGGCCGCCUCGCUCACGCUGGCCAACAGCGCAGGGACCGCCGCGGGCUGGCUGCGCCUGUGGGAGCGGCCGCUCGGCCCAGCGAUCGGCGGGCACGCGCUGUCACUGAGAGCGUGGAUCAACGAGGGGCUGAUGGCGGUCUUCUUCUUCAUCGUCGGCCUCGAGAUGAAGAUCGAGAUGCGCGUCGGCUCCCUGGCGUCCAUGCGCAAGGCGGCCCUGCCUUGCAUCGCCGCGCUCGGAGGCAUGCUCGUCCCGAUGGCGGUGUACUUUGGCGUCGUCUCGAUCUGCUUCAGCGGCGGAUCCCUCGCCGCGCUGACCGUGCCAAUGGCGACCGACAUCGCGUUCGCCAUGGCUGUGUACGGCCUCUUCCGCAAGCGCAUGCCGCCCUCGGCCUCCGCCUUCCUCCUCACCCUGGCCACCGUCGAUGACCUCGGUGCCAUCCUCGUCCUGGCCACUUGCUUCGCCUCCAACGUCUCCCUCCCUUUCCUCGCCGCCGCCGCCGCCGUCACCGCCGGCCUCGCAGCCUUUGGCCGCACCGGCUCCUCCGACCUGAAGGCGUUCGCCGCUGGGGGAGCGGCUCUGUGGUACUGCCUGCUGCGCGCCGGCAUCAACGCAGACAUCGCCGGCGUGCUCGCCGCUUUCUGCAUCUCGACGCGCGCGCAGCACACGGCCCCAUCCGGCGUCUCGGAGGCGCUCACCCACCGCGCCGUCGUGCGCCUCUCGCCCCUCUCCACCUUUGGCAUCAUGCCCCUCUUUGCGCUCGCAAACACUGCCGUCCCGCUCGGCGCGCCUGCCACCGGCGCCGCGGCGGCAGCUUUGGCGCAGGCGUCGCUCGCGCCGGCAGCCGGCAUCGGCGCCGGUCUGCUGCUGGGCAAGCCGCUAGGCAUCUUCGGCGCGUCGCUGCUGGCGUCUCGAUUCGGCGUCGCGUCGCUACCAGCAGGGAUGAGCAAGCGGCACGUGGCGUCGUCAGCGCAUCUUGGCAUCGUUGGGCUGCUCGGCGGCGUCGGCUUCACGAUGUGCUUGCUCCUCACCGAGGUUGCGCUGCCGCCCCCGAUGCGCGGCACGCCCAAACUCGUGGUGCUUCUCUCCUCGCUUGUCGCUUCCCUCGCUGCCGCCGGCUGCAUGCACGUUUUGCUUCCUCUCUGGUAA